AUGGACGAAAGAGUCCAACUAGCCUUUCUCAAAAAUCUCCCACUAUAUGAAACUGAAAAGCCGUACCACAACUUCACUAACGGUAUGAGCAACAUAGUCCUUGAAAAAUCGCCAAUGAAAACAAUUUUGGAUAUUCGCGGCAGAGAGAGGGAGUUCACACUUGCCAUCCAUGGCUUCGAGUAUCGGGGGCAUGAGCUUCCAGUUGUUGACUGGGAGGACGAGAACGACAUCAAGAAAGCAUAUGUUGAAGACCUAAAAGAAUUUGCGAAGAAGUUGGUCCCUGAAACUGUACAGAGAUGUGAGAUGUUUGAUUUCCGGUUACGGAGCGUCAAUGCAAUCCAAAGCAAGAUGCCUAUUCAUCCUGGUUUAUGCGGAACUGCACAGCUAGCGCCCGCCACGGCAGUACACGUCGAUCAAUCACCUCAGGGGAUCCUGGAAUGGUUGAAACGGGAACUCGGGGAGGAGGAAACCGAUAAAGUCGUCAACAAUCACCGUGUGCGGGUGGUGAACAUCUGGCGUCCGCUCGUCGAUGUGGUUGAGGAUGUUCCAUUAGCUAUGUGCGAUGCACGCACCGCCAAACCCUCGGACCUUGUCAGUUCCGUUCAUGUCAGUGCCGAUUACCCUCGCAGAAACUAUUUCGUCAAAUACAGUGAAGAAUUUCAAUUCUACUAUCUCUCGAAAAUGACGAAGGAAGAGGUGUGUGCCUUCAUGGUGUUCGAUUCAAAAGCGGUAGAGGAAGAUAGAAUAUGCAUGGCCCCACACUCGGCGUUUUGGCAUAGUAAGAAGUGGAGGUCGGAUAAGCGCCCGAGAGUAAGUAUUGAAGUGCGUCUCUUGGUGCUGUCAGCGCUUGAGUAG